AUGAAAAAUGAUGUCGAUGCGGCGAUCUCAUCUCGUUCGACAAGGCCGAAAAAAAUGGACGCGUCUGAGCACCCAUCGCACUCCGGCGGCCAGCUGCUAUACCUCAAUGCCGAGACUGGUCUCGAAGCAUCAGAUUCUCCGGGCUGUUUCCAGUACAUAGCCGACAAGGUCCUGCCAUCGCUGCUAGGCGAGCUCGAUCUGCCAAAAUGCUACGUGCGCUACCUCUCAAAAAAUACCAAGAUCGAAGAGUACGUUGCUGACCUAGCGUCCCAGUUCGCGGACAACAAGGCGCUCGUACUGUAUUCGUACGGGUCCCACGUCCAAAAGGCCGUCACCAUCAUAGAGCUUGCCAAGAGGCGUAUAGCAGUAGAAACCCCAGGAGCCGGCUUGGACCAUCGCAACAAGCUGUCGCGCUUUGUGAACAUUGUGCCUGGCCGCAACGAGCUGCUAGAGCGUAAGAUCAACGUGCCCAUUCUGGUGGCCCUGAUCACACGGAAGACUGACGCUCCCUUACGCUGA